UUUUGUUUCUAGUGUGCAAAUCUGUGCCUCUCUCUCUCUCUCCCUUCUUGCCCGCGUCUUCUCUCCUCGAAUCGCGAAAUCCUAACCCUAAUCCCUCGCGAAUCCAGAACCCUUAAACCCUCUCGAUUCUUGGGUUCUCUUGGAUUCUUGGGAACAACCAAUGCGCUUUCCGUGGUGUCCUCUUAUCGAUCCAGCGUUUGACGGUUCUGAUUCGCUUACUAUAUGAUCGCAAGCUUCAGCAAGGGAGAUAAGAGGGGGGUUUCGCAUUCGAUCGUCAAAACGAAGCACAUAAACUUGGGAAAGAGCAAUUGCAAGGGGAGUGGAGUGGAGCAAGAGCGGGCAUCUGGGAUACAAAGUGCAUGGUGCCCUGGUUUAAAAUGGUGUUGAGCUUGUAGAUGAGCAUUUGUAUGCUAAAAUCACGCUUCCACUGAGCCGUAGCUUAAAACUUGCCUUUGCUGUACCAGAUUGGACUCUAAAGUAGGGAAAUCUCUAGAUGUAUUCCCACUAUUAGGGUUGAGGAGUGCAGACCAAGGAAGUAUUAGAGAGUUGGAAUCUGUCUUUUUGCUGAUUAGACUGCGGUACCUUCACCAUUGUAAGCAAUGGGCUCCUCUUCCUCAAUUGGGGAAUGUUUGAUCUGUCUUAGGUGUUUAGCUCCUGAAAAGCACCCACAUUAUUGAAUACGUUGCAUCAGCAAAUAUGGUUCUCUAGUUGUGUGUGGCACUCCACUGUUGGAAAUGGCAUUUUACUCUGAGGAGGAGCAAACCGAGGAUUACCUUUUCAAGAUUGUUUUAAUUGGAGAUUCGGCUGUUGGGAAAUCGAACUUGCUUGCUAGAUUUGCAAGAGAUGAGUUUUAUCCCAACUCAAAAUCCACUAUAGGAGUGGAGUUUCAAACUCAGAAACUGGACAUCAAUGGUAAGGAAGUUAAGGCACAGAUCUGGGACACAGCUGGACAGGAGCGGUUCAGGGCUGUUACAUCUGCAUACUACAGGGGUGCCGUUGGAGCUCUUGUGGUCUAUGACAUUAGUAGACGCCAGACUUUUGAUAGCAUCGGCAGAUGGCUUAACGAACUCCACACUCACUCUGACAUGAACGUAGUUACAAUUCUUGUCGGGAACAAGUCCGAUCUGCAAGAUGUGAGGGAGGUUUCCACCGCUGAAGGCAAGGACUUGGCCGAGGCACAGGGCUUGUUCUUCAUCGAAACUUCAGCCCUUGACUCAUCCAACGUAACUUCUGCGUUCCAGACAGUGGUUAGAGAAAUCUACAAUAUUUUGAGCAGGAAAGUUAUACAAUCCCAAGAGCUCAAGAAACAAGAUCCCACAUGGAUGGGGAAUGGAAAGACUGUUGUUUUACAGGCUGAUGGGAUCCAAGAAGCAGAUGGCCAAGCCAAAAAAGGAGGGUGCUGUUCAUCCUAAAUCUACCACCUCUUUUGUGUGCUAUGUUUCUUCUCCCCUCAUGUGCUUCAUAUUCUUGUUGCUAUUGCUAUUGCAAUGUCAAACCAAACAACAAUUUCCUCUAUUUCCCUUUAGUUUGUUUUUGUGCUGGGAGGAGAAAGUGGAGGAGAAAGUGAAACCGACUACGUGAGGGUAAAAGGAAUUUAGUUUCUCUGGUUAUCUGAAUUGUAGCCCUUUUAUUGUUCCCUUGUAUUUGUUUUGAUAGUUGUCCAACGAAUGCCUGAAAUCAAGAUCCUUUCAUGUGAUA